ACGUCCUGUAGGAUGCAUCUAAAAAACUAUGGGUGAUGCUGGGGAGCUAAUAAGAUGUGUAAUCGAGUAUUAAAGACAAAAAAGAGAAGAAUUCAGGUCCGAAUGCACAACAAAAAAAUCGAGUUCGAUUUGUCACGCAAUGUUUUGCGUUAUACAAAUUGCAGAAGUGAGUGGAGACUGGGUUAAAAAGUUUCAAGAUGGUGCCAGAGAAAUAUAACUUCGUUGUGGGGCUCUUAGUGGUGCUUUUGUUUCCCAGUAGACAAAUUUCUGCAGAUGUCGGUGAUGGUCAACAGUCUCAGUCUCAAUCUCAGCGAAAUGUGACCAAUAUUGUUUUGAUUGGCGCCACUGGGGACCUCGCAAAAAGAUAUUUAUGGCAAGGGUUUUUCUCGCUCUUCAUACAAGAAACAAAUGAGAGGAACAUUGUAAAAGUCUACCCAACGGCGCGUGAGAGUGUCGAGUCUGGCCAAAAAAAGAUUGAUGAUAUCUUAAAAGAAUCUUUAAAGUGCUCUGAAAGCGAACACUCGAACUGGUGCGCAGAUAAUAAAAGAGUUUUUGUGGAUCAAAGUGUAAAGGAAUACCACCGACUAAAAACUGACCAAGAUUUCAUAUCACUGUGCCAGAUUAUGGGCGAUGAUAUAGCGGCAGGCGAAAGAGAGGAAGGUCUCAUCUUCUAUUUAUCGGUGCCUCCCUUUGCGUACACACAGCUAGCACAAAGGAUCGAUUCGUUCUGUCGUCGGCCUGAAGAUAAACGUAGCUGGAUUCGCAUAGUGCUCGAGAAGCCAUUUGGUUCGGACCUGGCAUCUGCGCAGGAGUUAGCUCGAAGUUUGUCGAAUUAUUUCGAAGAAAAGGAAAUCUAUAGAAUUGAUCACUACCUUGGAAAAACAGGAGUUGUUCAUAUCUUAGAGUUUCGGUACAGCAAUCAUAACUUAUACAAAGAUUUGUGGAACAGUGAUCACAUUGAAAGAGUGGAGAUUGUUUUGAAGGAGAAGAAUGACUGUGAAGGGAGAACCAGCUUCUACGACCAUUAUGGUGUCAUCCGAGAUGUUAUGCAGAAUCACAUGACAGAGCUUCUUGCUCUGGUUGCCAUGGAGUUACCAGACAGUCUGAAUGACAGAAUAAGCAUCAUGCAAAAUAAAGUGAGGCUGCUUAAAGAGAUCAAAGCCAUGGAUAGAUGGAGUGGAGUUAUUGGUCAGUAUAAAGAUUACAACUUGCACUACCACCAGGAAAACAAAAAAGAUGAAGACUCAAAUACACCAACUUUUGCUGCUGUGUCCAUCUUUAUCAAUAAUGCUCGCUGGAAUGGUGUGCCUUUUAUUUUGGUUUCUGGAAAGCAACUUGACGAGCGUACAGCUUAUGUGCGCAUAGUUUUUAAGAACAAUGUUCAUAAUGUCCAAUCUGGAACAUCUCAUGAUAAUAACUGUGAUAUCAGGCAGGUAGUGUUCAAUAUUCAAGGUGAGAAACUUACAAAACCAGGAUUACUUCUCUCAAGUAAUCUUCCAAACCCAAAGUCUUUUCAUCCAUUUACAUCAAUUGAGAACAAGAAAGAUCAGCUGUUUGGUUGUUCAGCUGACAGUUUUAAUGCAUUUAUCUUCAAAAAAUCAGCUGAUGCUUAUACCACUCUAAUUUCUGCUGUCUAUCAUGAGCAAAAGAACUUAUUUGUUGGAAUGGAAGAUCUUCUAUCAUCUUGGAAAGUGUGGUCAUAUUUUCUGGACACUUUGAAAAGGGAAGUACCUCGUCAGUAUGACCAGAAAAGCUUGGAUGUGUUGAACUUUGUUAAUUCGGGAGAAAGACUUGAGUUUUCUCUAAAUAAUGAUGAUGGAAGUUGUGAUGCAAACAAGAUAUGCAAAUCCACUGAACCAUCUGCUAACUAUUACAAACAAGACAAAUUUAGAAACAGUGACCUGGUUACUGGAACAAAAUCCCAAGUAAUAGAAACUCUUGCCAAUAAAAUUAUUGGUCAUGCCCUCAGAGAGGUAUCUGCUAAAGGGGUCUUUCACCUGGCCUUGUCAGGUGGUACCUCUCCUGUAAUGCUCUACGAGACCUUAGCAUUUAUAGCCAAAGAGUUUCCAUGGCAUCACUCCCAUGUGUGGUUUGUAGAUGAACGAUGUGUCCCUCUAAACAGUCAAGAAUCCAAUUUUGAUUUAAUAUAUAAGAAACUUUUGCAACAUGUACCAAUUUCUCCUUUAAAUUUUCACCCAAUGCAUGUCAUGUUAAAAGGUGGAUUGUGUGAGCCAAGGGAUGAAGGAGCUGAACAUUAUGAGGCAGAGCUUGGCAGGUUCCUCCUCAGCGACAAUCAGUUGGAUUUCGUAGUUCUAGGAUUAGGUUCUGAUGGUCACACUGCGUCUUUAUUUCCUCAUCAAUCAGCUCUAAAUGAGAAGAACAAAUUUGUAACCUUGUCUGAGAGCAGUCAAGAUUCUGGGGUGAAAGAGAGGAUGACGAUGACUCUAGACUUGCUUAACAAGGCUAAAUCUGUGGCUGUUCUUGCUCUGGGUGGUCUGAAGAGGGAUAUUGUGAAAACUAUUUCAAGUGUUGAAGUUGAUGUAUGGAAUUACCCUGUAACUGGCCUUAACCCAGAAAAUGGGGAAUUGACUUGGUACAUUGAUAAUGUUGCUCUUGAAAGUCAUUAACAGAGCUACAGCUGUACAUCACAGCUUUUGAAUCUUAAAAAUUGUAAUUAUGUCAUAUUUUAGAAUCUGGACAAUUUGAGUAAAUCUUCCCCAUUCCUAA